AGCCCGGUAAUUUAAAGUACAUAACCUAUGAAAACAAUCAAUUUAAAUUAUUUUAAAGAUAAUUAUAAUUUACUUUUUUAACUAUACACACUAUGAACGAUUGUAUUUUUAACUGUGAUAAAACCAAUGACGAGGCGUUGUAUCUAGAUUUUCAAUCAAACUUUAUAUUUUACCUCCCAGAAAAGGUUAUUCCAAACAUUUAUUUAGGUAAUGACAUUUAUAAUAUAGAAGCUGUUAUGGAAGAAAUCGAUGUUGUGAUAAGUGCAAUACAAAAAGAAUGGUUUUUCCUCCAAUCUAUACCAACCACUAACAUUCUGCAACCUGAUGAAGAUGUAUUGUACUCAAGAAACUUAAUAAAUUCAUCAUUUCAUGGUAUAAAAGAAUCUCUUAUAAUGUGCCGUUGUCCUAUGAGAGAAGACAGGUAUAAGAAGAUGAUUAUGGAGGAAUUAAAAUGUAUUUACAACACCAUACUUCCUGUAAAAAGUAUGAAAGAGGAUUUCGUUGUUCAAAUAUCAUCAGUGAAAGAAAGUGAUGCAAAAACUCCAGUAAAUCAGUAUUUUCAUACAUUUUUAGAGAUACAGUAUCAUUUGCUGUUCUUGACUUAUAAAUGUGAGUUAUCAGCUUUUGCUGUGGAAGACUUUCUUGGAAAAAUCAUGGAAAACUUCAUUCACAUAAGUAAGAAAAAUUACAAGAGACAAACUAAAGUUUUUACAUGUCCUUGUCUAAGGAAAUUCUGGCUAAUAAUGCAGCUCUUCACAGAAAAGAUUAAAAAUGGUGAGAUGUUUUGGAAUAUAUUUAAUAAACAAUUGGAACAUGAGGAUUCAUUGUUUACACUAUGGCUUUUGACACAAAUAUCGGAAUUGCAACUGAUAAACGAAUCAUUCCAAAAUAGUGGUAAUAGUUGUCCAAGAAUAAGGCCAAAUUAUGAUUUAUUACAAAAUAAACUAAAAACAGUACUAUCAAACGAAGAUUCAGAUACAUUAUCUAAGCUUUUUAAACUAAUAAUCCCAUUACUAACAAAUUACUGGCUAAAACACGCAAGAAUAGAAGUAUAUCAAACUCUAUGGGAUUUCUACAGUAAAAGACUGAAUAUCUCAAAAAAGAGCUAUUCAAAUUUAUCAGCCUUAGACUUAGACGCAGCUCUUACCAACAUUUUGUCUUCUCCCGACAAAUGUACGGAAGAUUUUGAACAAUUUCUAGCGAUUCUAAUUUGUCAUUUGAGGGAGUACCCAAAUCAUUGGGGCAAAAUGAAAGGUCGGAUGUACUCCCAAUUGGGCCCGCACAAAUUAAAAGACCUAAAUGAUAAUGGAAUAGUGCAUGUGACGUUUUUGUUCUCAGCUUUGAGCCAUUUCAAUUAUGAAGAAUUAUCUAAGAAGAUUCUUAUGUUCUUUGAGGGAAUGUCACAAGAAAAAAGAAAUAAUCCGUUAAUUUGGAAUGUCUAUUUAUGCUUUGUAUUUAUGCAAGUAAGAAGAGGUACUACGCUAGACAAAACAGCACCCAUCAUGUUAUCAUGGCUACAAGAGGCUUCAUUGGACCAUACCAACCACCAUCUGAUAAAACUGUUUAUAUCGAAUUUUGGACACAUUUUGAACUUCAGUCCAAACAUGAUGUUACAUCAAUGGACCUUCAUCAAUUCUUGGUUAAUAAAAUAUUUGUCAUUUUGCUAUCACAAAGAUAUGACAUCUACGUUGGAAGUGAUAUUAAGUGUAUUAGAGAAAGUAGAGAAUCCGGACUCAUGGCCUUUUUGGAUAAGGGUUUUUAGGGAUUUUGUGUAUCCAGUUAUCAAGCAACUAUCAUGUGUCCAUAAUGCUCCAAAAACUAUAGGAACGAUUGCUGGUAAACUGCAUUUGCUCAUCCCACAUUCAUCAACAGAAAUAUUUAGUUAUUUUACCAGUGAUAUCGUACCUCCACAAAUAGCAUUGAGCUUCUUGACAAUAGUUUUGGAAGACUAUCCCAGUACAUGUAUCUUAAAUGCUCAACAGGAAACUGAUGUCAUCCAGUGUUGGAUCAAAGUGUGCUUGCUUUCCUCAGAACCUUAUUCCGCAUUGACAAAAAUUGUAACAAAAUUUGACACUUUUCCCAUGCAUCUUAAGACAUAUAUUAAUUCUUCAGAUGAUCCUUUAAGAGCACUUGUUGAGUAUUUGGGAAGUGACAUUAAAACCCAUCUUCAAUCUAGUAGUAUUCAAAAAUUCUGUGACAUCUGUUUUGGUAACAUUGAUAAAUGGUUGCCUCAAUAUUUAAACUACCCGGAAAAUGAAUCUGUAGUAUUUAAAGUCUACAUCUCUAUAUCACUUGCUUUCUUGCAGUGUGGAGCUUUGCUGUAUAAUAGAAAUAAAAGUACUAGUCCAUUAACAAGACUAGUACAGUGUAUGUUGCUGUCUUCUGAUUUUUUGUUAGGAAAACCCCCACAUGAAUACGUUCUAAACUCUAUAAAGAAAACCUGGCACAUAUUUUAUGAAUCUAUAUUGAAACUGAAAACUGAGUCAGAUAUGUAUAUAGAUAGGACUCUAAGAGAUAUGUUGACUAAAUACAUGCCUCAUUUUCCUUCUACUAAUUCUCCCGUCUUAAAAUGCAUCGAAAACGAAAUCACAGCUGAUGUAAUAUUGGAAAAGAUCUGCACCUCAUAUUUUAAACACCCAGUUAAAGAAUCUGAAAGCAAUUUGUUAAAAGUUAUAAAAAUGUUGAACGAUAUAGUUCAAUGUACUACAUCAGUUACGUUGUUAAGACUCAUUAUAACUAAGACUCUUUGUGGACUAUUUGAACUUGUUAUUAUGCAUUCACAAAGGAGUGUAGCCAUAAAUUUGAUCAAAGUCAUCACUCAGUCCCCUCUUUAUCCACAGGUCAGGACAGAAUUUGCUUCCAGUAUUGUAAGUACUACUGAGAAGCAUCUAGGCUUUAAUGCUAAUAAUUAUUUUCAACUAAUGUAUAUUUUGGUCAAAUUUAUACCCAGUGAUGUAAGUGGAGUGUUGGAGAAAAUAGGCGAACAAGUUACUUCCAUUGAAAAGUUACGAGGAGUGGGUUAUGAUUAUAAUCUUAGAUCGCAAUUAGAAAAGUUAAGGACUACUGUGAAAGAUGUGAAUCAGUGAUAUUUUAAUUUGUAUAGAUUUUUAAUGUAUAUUUUUUAUUUAAUAAAUACCAAAAUAUUAG